AUGUUCCCAAAUGCGGCCAUGUCUCUUGCGCGACUCCUGCUUGUCGUCCUGGCUCUUGUGGGCAGCACCCUGCCGGACACCAGCUGCGUGGCAGAGGGCCGAGACUGGGAGGCUUGGGCUGGCCUCGGCAAUCGAGUUUGCCGUGGCCACACUGUGGACGAAAGUGAUCCCCUCGAUUACAACGUGACCAGCGCCGCGACACUGGAGGAAUGCAAGGCGAAGUGCUUGGAGGACCCGUGCACAUGCAAAGGUGUGGAGUACAACUCCGUCUCCGGCCGAUGUGAAGUGUGGCAUCGGGAGGCCGGUAUCUCCGCUUGGAGGGAGCCCGAAGUGCAGGGAUUCACCUGCCAGAGGUUUGGCUGGCCAGCAAAGUUCUUGAUUCCUCUCGACGGCGGAGCGGGUCGGGCAUGCCGCGGCGACACCGAGACUGACAAUGAUGACCGCUAUUACAGGGUCGAGGAUGUGAUGCACAUGGAGGAGCAGCCUUGGUUUCCUGGGCAGAGUACCCACAAACACCGCAAAUACCGCAAACAACUACUCUAA